ACCAGGCCCGCACCCCUCGUAUAUAUAACCCCCACCCCGCUGCAUCCGUCCCCAGCCCUCUCGCCCGCCCCAGCACCCCGCCGCCGCCGCCGUCUCUUUGCAGCAGGAGCUUCCUCCUCGCAGGCGAGAUGGUGUUUGUCAAGACCCAGAAGACAAGGGCGUACUCCAAGCGGUUCCAAGUCAAAUUCAAAAGAAGGCGACAGGGAAAGACCGAUUACAGGGCUAGGCUGAGGCUCACCAACCAGGACAAGAACAAGUACAACACACCCAAGUACCGCUUUGUUGUGCGAUUUACCAACAAGGACGUCACUGCCCAAAUUGUGUAUGCUACCAUUGCUGGGGAUAUCGUGAUGGCUGCUGCCUAUUCACAUGAAUUGCCUCGAUAUGGUCUUGAAGUUGGCCUCACCAACUAUGCUGCAGCCUACUGCACUGGACUCCUUCUGGCUCGUCGUGUGCUCAAGUGCCGUGAUUUGGAUCAGGAAUAUGAGGGCAAUGUUGAGGCCACUGGGGAGGACUUCUCUGUUGAACCGUCUGGUGAGAGGAGGCCUUUCCGUGCGCUCUUGGAUGUUGGUCUUAUUAGGACCACUACUGGAAACCGUGUGUUUGGUGCACUUAAGGGAGCUUUGGAUGGUGGUCUUGACAUUCCCCACAGUGACAAGAGAUUUGCUGGUUUCAAGAAGGAUGAGAAGCAGCUGGAUUCGGAGGUUCACCGCAAGUACAUCUAUGGAGGACAUGUUGCUGACUACAUGAGGUCCCUGGCUGACGAGGAACCGGAGAAAUACCAGUCCCACUUCAGCGAGUACAUCAAGAAGGGAAUCUCAGCUGAUGACAUAGAAUCAGUGUACAAGAAGGUGCAUGCUGCCAUCCGUGCUGAUCCCACCUUGGUCAAAUCAACCAAGGAGGCCCCGAAGACACACAAGAGGUAUAACCUUAAGAAGCUGACCUAUGAGCAGAGGAAGGCCAGUCUUGUUGAAAGGCUCAACGCCCUCAACUCCUCUGCUGGUGCUGCCGAUGACGAGGAUGACGAUGAAUGAAAAGUGUAAUCGAUCCUAUUGUAGUCUUGCAAUGUGCAUUUUUGUUGAAGUUCAGCACUCUGCACAACAAACCUUUUCCUUCCAGUUUUGAGGGUCAUGCUGGAGUUAUAGAUUAUCUUGAUUUUGUGAAGUACUGGCAUUUGGAUAUUGCUCGUAAUCUGUUGGUUUGGCAUUGUUUUCGUGGUGCCGUAAUUCUUAUAGCUGUGUCAUCAGCAGAUUGCAGUUA